AAUUCAAGGGAGGGUCUCCUUAAUAAUAAACCACUCACUCACUCACAUUAGAGCAAACCAGAAUCACCUAAACACAAUGGACACCCACCAUUUCCUCACCUUGUGUAUCUUCCUUCUCCUCUCUUGCCAUGCCAUCACUACUUCCUCUGCUACGGCAGAGGAAGACGCUUCCGAUUUCGUCCGCCGAUUAGACCGGAAGUCACUUGGCCUUCACAAGAAAGAAAAGCUGAGCCACUUCAAGUUCUACUGGCACGACAUUGUAAGCGGACCCAAUCCCACAUCGGUUAAUGUUAUUCGCACCAAGAACACCACCACUUUCUUUGGCUCGGUCCAAAUUAUCGACAACCCUUUGACUGUGGGCCCCGAUCUGAGUUCCAAGCUUGUGGGGAGGUCUCAGGGGUUGUAUGCAGGUUCAUCACAGAGUGAGAUCAGUGUUUUCAUGAGCAUGACCUUCGUUUUCACUGAAGGGAAGUACAAUGGCAGUAGCCUCUCCAUCUUGGGGAGGAACCCUGUUAACAACAAGGUCAGGGAGAUGCCUGUGGUGGGUGGCAGUGGACUUUUCAGGUUUGCAAGGGGAUAUGCAGAGGCUAGAAAUGUCUUUCUGAAUUUCACAUCUGGGGAUGCUUCGGUUCAGUAUAAUGUUUAUGUCCUACAUUAUUGAUCAUUUAUAUUACUGCUGUUGGUUAUAUAUGCUUCUUCUUUUUUAUUCUUCCUGUUUUUUAGGUCAUAUAACUGUUUCUUGUGAUGCUUAAUUAGCUUUGCCUAUUCAAGAGACAAGAGCUACCUUGUCUUCAUGCAACUUUUAUGUAUGGUGUAUUUGUGAUUGAUGAAUAAUUGGAAUAAUAAUUAAUGUUUUGACCCA